GAUCUUAGGCAUGCGCGAUACAACACUAUUGUGCAUUCAUCUUCGGUUAAAUACUUGCAUAUGUGUAAUGUAUCUUAAAUGCAUAUGUGUUAUGUACAUAUAAUUCUUUAACUAGCAGAAUACCACUUUGAGAUAGCAAAUAGCGAUACGGUAUAGAUUGAUGUAUGCAGACGGUAGAGUAUAAGCCCUUGACAAGGAAUAAAGCGUGGAUUCGUGGAGGGUCUUGAGGGUUCUGGGAGGAGACAAGGAAAGGGCUUCUGCGUGUUGAACGGUUGGACGUUUGAUUUCAAAUUUCGUGAGGAACCCUCAAGAUUCGAUAAAAACGGUUAUUUUACAUCGCAUGUGAAUUUAUUCGUGCCGAGAUCCCCGACGGUAUUUACACGCGACUCUUUGAGAACGCGUCGUUGAUCAAUUGUUACGGCGGAAGCUUGAGAAAAUGGCCGACAAUUGGACAUAUAGUAUUGUUUGCCGAUAUUUUAAAAAUGGCAUGUGUCGUGGAGGGAAUAACUGCAGAUAUCGCCAUGUUCAAACUGCUCGUCAUGAUUCAAGCGCGAAUGAAACAGAAAUAUCGUCCACUCCUACGUCCAAUUCUACUUGUCACUUUUUUAAAUAUGGCACAUGCAAGUUUGGCAAUCAAUGCCAUUUUCUCCAUAGUUCUGAAACCAUUGGUAAUGCAUGUACACAGACCAAUUUACGAGAAAGUUCUUCAUUAAGACAACGUACUACCACUACUUCAACUUCAGUGGAGUUAAAAAAUACCAAGGACAACAGUAUUCAUAUAGCUGAAGAAUGGGUCAAAGCUCCUGAAUUUAUACCUUCAACUGUUUCAUCAGUUGCUGGUUCUUCUACAUCCAACAAUGAAAUGUUUAAUACUUCAGGAACAUCAACUGGUACAUCCAAACCACUUUCAUAUGCUCAAGCUGUAAAUCCAACUGGUCAAGCUUCUGAUCCUUCAUUGGAACCCCUUUGCCCAUAUGCUGAAGCUACAGGAAUUUGUAAAAAACCUAACUGCACAUAUUUGCACGGAGAUAUUUGCGAAUUGUGUAGUCAUGCAGCUCUUCAUCCGUAUAAUGAAGAACUUCGGAAAAAGCAUACAAAUGCAUGUGUUAAACAACAUGAAGUUGACAUGGAACUAUCUUUUGCUAUUCAACGUAGCAGAGAAAAAUCUUGCGGUGUCUGUUUUGAAACAAUAAUGGAAAAGUCAUCACGUGAACAAAGGUUUGGUAUUUUGCCAAACUGUAAUCACUGUUUUUGUUUAACCUGCAUUAGAAAAUGGAGGCAAGCUAAACAGUUCGAUAAUAAAAUAAUAAGAGCUUGUCCAGAAUGCCGUGUCACUUCUGAUUUUGUGUGCCCUAGUAUGUAUUGGGUUGAUACAAAAGAAGAAAAAGAAAAAUUAAUCAUGGAUUAUAAAGAUGCGUUAAGUACUAAGGAUUGCAAAUACUUUAACAAAGGUCGUGGGAAAUGUCCAUUUGGUAAUAAAUGCUUUUAUCUACACGCUUUACCAGAUGGUACUAAAACAGACGUUGGUCCACCUGUUCGUCAGCGUCGUAAUGCCGAUUCCGAUACUGAUAUCAUACAACAAUUGAUCUUAUGGGACUUCCUUGAAGGCAGAGAUGAUCACUUGAUGUAUAUAGAUUUCGAAGAUAUUGUACCAUUCUUUUCAGACUCGGAAGAAUCUGAUUGGUCUGAUUACGAAGUAGCAUUGUAGUUGUGCUAAGUGUGCUAGUUGACUGUUGUAGCACUGCUUUGAUACUACUGUUAUCAUUGCCGUUGUUGCCGCUACUAGUACUAUUCAUUUCAUUUGUCGUGUUCUAGUGGUUUCAGCAUCGGAAUGAGUCAAUAGUAUUCAAAUUGUUUGAGUGAUUAUAUUGAAAAAUAUCCCAGCUUCAUUUCACCUUUUGUACGUGUGUUACAAAUAAUGAUAAUCACAUAAGAUCAAUACGUGAUUAUAAGCUUGGUAAUUUGAAUAAGUACUACAAAUAGUUGGUCAUACAAAGUUUUAGAUUUAUAGCAAUAGAACGUACUUAUUAAAUAUCCUAUUACCUGUGGAAUCAUUUCUUUUUCACGUUAUAACUGCAGUUAAUAAUUGAUUAUAAAUAUUCUAAUUGAAUCGUACGUCGGAAUACUUAAUCCUUUCAGCGCUGAAAUUUUUAAUGACACGCACAUAUAGUGCGUUGUCCACUUACUGUGAUAAAACACACUGGACUGAAUACUUUUUUACGUUUUAUGUGUGUGCUCUGUCGGAAUCGUACGCUAUAUUAUUUCACACACUAUUGUAUAUUGCAAAAUAUUCAAUAAAAAUAUUUAUUUAAAGUUUAUCGAUAAUGUGGCCAGAUUACUUCUACAUAAAAAUGACAAUUAGAUAUAUAAAUAAUUACAAAACGCAUACGUGUUUAUAGUAUAUUCAGAUACAUUCAUAUUUGAACGCAUAUACGGGUUCGAAAUAAUAUAAAGUCCAUAGCGCUGAAAGGUUUAAAGUAUUCUAAAUGCGCAUUAAUGUGUUUAAUUUAUAUUAAUAUUGUAUAGAAAUUAUAAACUCUUAUGUGUUUAUUCUGAUAUA